CUACGUCGUACCGUACGCAGUUCCAAUUCAUCCUACUACUAUACCGGCGGCUUAUAGAAAUACGAAUCUCUCAUAUUUCUCACUAUAUUGCCUGUUUGUGCUUGUGUAACAUUUCUCCCUACCGCGCCGAAUAAAAACCCUAUUAUUUUCUUGCUCUCGCGCUCUCUCUGUUUCAUAAUCUUUGUGCGCGAGCUGUGAAGUUUGAGCUUUCCUUCAUGUCUACCGCGGCGGCAGGGGGAUAUGAAGGAGGAGCAGGUGGGAAAUUUCGAAAAAGACCGUUUCGAAGACAGACGACGCCAUAUGAUCGACCAGUGACCGCACUGAGGAACCCUGUGGAAGGAGGGAACAACAAUGGAUGGCUUUCGAAGAUUGUGGAUCCAGCUUCUAGAAUUAUCGCCCGAAGUGCUCAGAGUUUUUUCUCUUCUGUGUUCCGCAAGAGACUUCCCGCUCCAGAGACGGUUUCAGAUCACUCAUCUGUAUUGGUGCAUCCUAUGGCCUCUGUUGAACAUGACCAUGCCAUCUUAGACGACUUCUCGGAGCUUAUCAUGUAUCAUGGUAAUUCCCAAACCCGCUCUAAUAUGGUCAUUCCUUACUUUAUCUUUCCUUGUUUUGCCUUACAUCCAUCUGAACAUCCUCAUUUCUACUAUACUUAA